AUGUGGGCUGGUGACCAGAGUUACGGACAUUACAUGAUCGGCUACUACACCUACCAGGAGCUCGCAAAAGACCUGGUGUCGUACACUGACGUGGAUCCCGCCCACGCCAAAGGGCAGAGCUACAUGGAUGCUGGCGAGGUCUACUUCAAGGAGGGCACAGAAGUCGCGACCAGCGAGAUGGUGUCCUUCACCAGCCGCACAAACUUUUGUGCUGCACCCAUCAUCGGCGCCGCGGCCCUGGCCGGUGGGGUUGCCUCCAAGCAUGGGGCGCUGGCUGAGGACCAGUGGGAGAUCAUGAAGCUUUCGGGCUCCUCCGCGUCAAAGAGCUCCUCUGCGCCCUCGCCGAUCCCGUCUGCAAACCCGUGCCAGCGGAUUUCAGAGCUUCCGCUCCGCCCGCUUUGGAGCAACAGCACCUUAGCAGCUGCACCCACUGGGGGCCUGGUGCAUGUGCACAGCGCAAUGGACGAGCAGGUUUUCCAGGACCUGGAGGUGGGAGGCUUCCGCUUCCCCGGCUGCAAGGUGGUUGGAAAACAGCGCCUCGGCGUCCAUGGCCGCAGCCAUUGCAGAUACUACGGCCUUCAGGUCUGUGCCGCUGUCCUGUAUCUGCCUGAAGGUGCUGAUCAAGCCCUUACAGGAAAAGACGUCAUGGAUUCCAACGUCCUGAAGACGCUGGAGCUACGCUACUGCAGACACUUUCCCGGAGACCAGUUUCGUUUUGUGACCCGUUGGGCUUUGUCCAGAAACGGCUUCUUGCCUGACGAGGCCGUGGAGGCCGGACUGAAACACUUCAACCCCCUGUACAGAGAUGUUCAGCCUGGGGACUGCUAUACACUCACCUAUGAUCCGCACACUCCGGCAGGCCGGGUCACCUUGCAACUCAACGGUGUGGAGCUUGGCAGCGUUGAGGGGCGUCGUUUCUCGGAGGCCUUGUUUUCCGUGUGGUUUGGCCAGCGGCCAUUCAUGGAUCACUUGAAGCAGGAAUUGCUUCAGCGCCAAUGA